CCAUAUCCUUGCAUUAGGUCUGAAUUACUUUAAAUUCUACAUCGAUAGUAAACUACUAAUUAUUACAGUUUUUGCCACAAAAAGAGGAAAUAUGCCACUAAGUAUUUUCAUAGUGAUAUUGAUGUUAUAUCUCCCGCAAUUUUCAAGAGCUGUAGAUACAGAUGGUAUGUAUGGUCGGAUGCCACCAUGGACGGCAGUGGACGAAUACGAACCAUGCAUGCGCACACGCGGGGAUGCCUACUGCUUUACCAGCGCCAAGCUCAAGGGGAGCCCGUCUGAUCCGCUCUACAAAUAUCUAGUGGAAUAUUCCGCGGACAAUCUAACACACUACGAUCGCACUAACAUACAUCGAGGCAUCUGCGUAAAACAGACAUGCAGCGAUUUCCAGAAGAUCUCACCAAAUCUCACCAUAGCACUCGAAGCAUGCCUCAACGCUAAUACUAUUAAAGAAUACGGACUUAUAGCAAAUGUGUUCAAAGUAUUCUGUGAGGAAUACAAAGAGCAUAUACAGUUCGAUGCAAGCGAUUUCGCGUUCGGUGCAGUUCUCAUGGCGUUGUUGGUGUUGAAUCUUUCUGGCAGCUUGUAUGACUAUUGUGGUGGUCGUGAAGACACUAUUGUUGGCAAGAUCUUCCUAUUCUUCGCUGUCAAGCGCAACUGGCAGUUGCUGGUGGCGCCGCCGAACGCAGACCCGACCCAGAGUCGACUGGAAAGCCUCAAUGGCUCAAGGCAAGUUUUAAUACAGACGACACCGUAAAAUGUCUGAUCUAAUUUAAAGUACCUACAUGAUCACUACUACUAUCACGCUUUAUCAUGCAAGAUUUCUAAAAAAUGAAAUAAAUAUCGAAGAAGACAAUAUAAAAGGUAGUCACGGUUUAUAUCCUGGU